GGCACAAAAUCAUCUUUGGGAAACUAAACAAAAAAAAAAGGUGCAAUUUUGAUGGUAGACAUGGAGGCCAUCGACAAAUGGGUAGCCGAGUUUUUCAUCCGCCGUAAAACCAACCCUAGGGUUUCUCCAACCAACCUUCUCUCGGCGCUGAAACUAGGAGACUCCCCCGACGACUGCUCAAACCUAAAUCUCAAGAAGGCCUCUGUUCUGCGGCAAAUCUCCGAUUCGUUGAUCCGCGGCGACGUCGACGAGGAAACGCUCGACCUACUCGAGACUCUCGAGAAGCUUCUUCUUCAAGGAGAAGGUUCGAUGCUCACGGAGUCUCACAAGUCUGCUUACUGCUGGACGGCUGUUGAGUGCGCGGCUAGGUUCAUGUGGCCGUUGUCUGUUUCGGAGGGUUUAUACGAGGACGCUCUCGAGAGGAUAUGGACGAAGAGGAUUAGGGUUUUGAAGGGGAGCAGGAGCGGUUUGGUGAGCGGGGAGUUGUUGAGAUGGGAGGAUGAUCUGAGGAAAGCUGUGGAGGAUGCUGAGGUGUAUAGGAGGAUCCGUGAGAGUAACGUUAGGUACACUGCCGUCUGUUUUUUGAAUCGGCUUCUCCAAGAGCAGUGGGCAGUGCUUGGGAGUUCGUCUCUUGAAUCUGUUGCUCAAAGGCUGCUGCUUCUUGCGGGUGAUAAGCGCGGUGGUGGUGGUGUUCGCAGCAGAGAGGAUCCAAAUGCUGUUGAUGUUGAUGUUGAUGUUGAUGUUGAUGUUGAUGGGGACAAUAGAGAUGUUCACGGAGUGGAGAAUGAUGAGCAACAUGGAGCAGAGGAGGUGGGGAGGACACAAGAAGAUGAACCAAGUCUUGGUAAAGGGGACAAAGUGGCUGCUCGAGACCUCAAGGAUUAUUUGUUAGAGAUUCAACGACAAAUCGAGCCUUCCACCUCCACUAGGCAAAUACCAGAACCUAACACUCCUCAGGCUUCAAGGGUUAAUAGGACUGGAACAAGCAGUCAAGCGAGUGAGAAGAGUUGGAGUAGAGUUAGACCUCGUCUACCUACCCCCGUACCUCUGAAUGUAUCCCCGUUGAAUAAGAAGAAGAAGGCAAGUCCUUUACCCAGAAGGAAAAAGAAUUUUUGGAGGCUUGAAGAAGUGGAAGCUCUUAGGGAAGGAGUUAAAAAGCAUGGUACAUCAUGGAAAUAUAUAAAGAGUUUAAACCCUGUAGUAUUCGCAGAGAGGACGGAGGUGGAUUUGAAGGAUAAAUGGAGGAACAUGAAUCGGUAGAGCGGUAACAAGUUUUUGGGUUUUGAAUUGCUAUGGAGUUUUUUUUUGCCUCAGCUGUGGAGAAGAUGGUAUAGAAAGGGUCUUCUUCAACGUGGCUUAUGGAUUUAAUUCGGCCGGUAUGGUUUGGUUAAGACUGGUUUAACAUGUAUAAUUAGCCUAUGUUUCGUUGGAACGAAACAACACUUUUUUUUUUGUGUAUGCUUGCUUUUAAUUGGCUCAGCGGUUUGUUGUUGUCGGUUAGGAACUUGGCUUGUCUCUUUCUGAUCAGAUCUUCUGAUUGGUAAGAUAUGGGUACAGAAUGGUUAUAUAUGUUUUGACUAUUUGCGUCA